UGGCCCAGUUCUAAGGCAGGGAAUCUGCUGUCUGCUUCCUGCUGUGUGCAGUGUGGUGGCGAUGUGUUCCCAUAGGUGCCUUUUUCACCUUGCCAGGCGGUUGUUAUAGUUUACCUGGUAUGAUCUUCUAUGUAUAAACUCCCUAGCAGGACACACCUGUAUGACACAGCACGGAGGCAAACGGCAGCGGAGCUGACUUCCUGAUUAUGGAGUCUCCUGUCCACUUGCUGUUCUGCUUGCCUGGUUCUGGGGCUUCUUCAUCAGAGAAUGGGAAGGUAACAACUCAAUUCUUGAGAAUUAUUCUCAGCUGUGCUCUGUGCACUCUCUGUGGGUCAAGGCCUGAAGUGGACAGCUGUGUGGCAAUGGGAGAUGAGAGGGGUAUGACACGAAUGCUUUUGGAAUGCAAGCUCAGUGACAAGUUGUGUAUUAUCCAGGAGCAGCAGUAUGAAAUCAUCGUCAUCCCAGCCUUCCUGGUUGGCAUCUUCCUCAUCCUUCUUGGGGUCAUCCUGUGGCUUUUUAUCAGAGAACAAAGAGCCCAACGACGGUCUCCUGGACCCCAAGGUAACGUUCAAAAAGCAUCUGGGAAGCACUGCCCACUGCCUCCAUCGAGGGGCCUUAGCUGGGAAGAAGCAGGACAUGGAGGAAACAUGUUUGUACCACUAAAGGAGACAUCAGUGGAAAGCCUUCUACAGAUUUCCACACAUGCCCUGGCUAAGCUGCAGUUGCCUCGGGAACAAGUCUCUGAAGUUCUGCAGCAAAUCCACAAUGGUAGUUGUGGGCUCUAUCGAACCAAGGUAUAUAUUGGAGACCCUGCUAAGCCCAAGAGUGUUGUCGUCAAGGCUUUAAAAGAAUCAGCUGGGCUCCAAGAGGUACAGGAUUUCUUAGGGCGAAUCCAAUUCUAUCAGUAUCUGGGGAAGCACAAGAACCUGGUACAGCUGGAAGGAUGCUGCACAGAAAGGCUGCCACUCUACAUGGUGUUGGAGGAUGUGGCCCAGGGGGACCUGCUCAGCUUUCUGUGGAUCUGUCGCCGGGAUGUGAUGACCAUGGAUGGCCUUCCCUAUGACCUCACAGAAAAACAAAUAUAUCAUAUCGGGAAGCAGGUCCUUUCGGCUUUGGAAUUUCUCCAGGAUAAGCAUCUGUUCCACGGGGAUGUGGCAGCCAGGAAUGUCUUGAUCCAGGCUGAUCUCACUGCUAAGCUCUGUGGACUGGGCCUGGCUUAUGAAGUCCACUCCCGAGGGGCCAUUUCCUCUACUCGAGUCGUACCCCUCAAGUGGCUCGCCCCAGAACGGCUUCUGCUGACAUCAGCUAGCAUCAAAGGAGACAUUUGGUCCUUUGGGAUCCUGCUUUAUGAGAUGGUGACUCUAGGGGCACCUCCCUAUCCUGAAGUCCCUCCUACUAGCAUCCUACAGUAUCUCCAAAGAAGGAAAAUCAUGAAGAGACCCAGUAGCUGCACACACACAAUGUACGGCCUCAUGAAGUCCUGCUGGCAUUGGAGUGAGGGCAGCCGCCCCUCACUUGGAGAGCUACACUCACGCCUAGAAGCAGCUGCCCGAACUGCAAAUGACAAGGCUGUGUUGCAAGUACCAGAGUUGGUGGUGCCUGAACUAUAUGCAGCUGUGGCAGGUGUCAGCGUGCAGAGUCUCUCCUACAGCUAUAGUAUCCUUUGAAGAUCCUGGAGCAACAAGCUUCUUUUGAGAGAUCAUAUACUCUUGGAACCAAUUCCUCCAAGAACAGAGAAAAGACUUUCUAGUUGUACCUAGAACUAGGUCCUGGAUCCCUGGAUCCUGGAUCCUCCCCUACACACUUCCCUAGAUACCUGAAAUGAGGCUGGAUGAGGCUGCACACACCAUACACCCUGGAGAUGGAGAAAUAUGGUUUCAUUUCUGCUGUCGCAAUCCUGAAGGUGCAGGGUAGAUGGGGCGACAGUGUCACUGCAAGGGAGUUUUAUGAAUCUGUAAUGUUUUCUGCAGCAUGGCACGGAUAAGCUGGUCCCUCCGCCACAGGCUAAUUUCCUCUGAAACUAGCCUGAUGUUUUUUUCUGGACUAUUAUAAGGUCCAGAAAAUUGGAAUAAAAUGAGGGACUAGCAAGCUGAUAAAGAAGUUGAUGAGAAGAAAAUUAAAGGUUCUGUUUGCUCAGGAGUAUAGAUGAGAACCAAGGUCAUCCUUCAGAGAGAAGGCAGAGGAAGGACAUAUAGGUCUUCAGCCCUGGUGCCUUCAUGCAGGACGGGGGUGGGGGUGGGAACAUGAAGGAAGGCUGCUGAGUUCCCCGUGGGGGCAGAUAGGAGAAAUAUCAUCCCCCUUCUCUAAUUCUGAGACAGGUGAACCCUGCUCAUACUACUUUUAACAAGAAGCUGGAAGGGUCAUUUUAUGAUUAAGAACAUUUGAGAUGUAUCAUUCAUCGGAUGGCUUCUGGUCCCUAUGAGACUGGAGAGACUGAGCCCAGAAAGUCAGUUGGGACAGUGAUGAGUACACUGUGUAUGUAUUUAAUUAACGGGAAAUAUGGAAACCAAGCAAAAGUGCUUAGUAGGACGUCUUUAACAAGGGCUAGAAAAGGAUAUAAUCUGAGAUGGGAGGAUGGUAGGUUCUGCUUUUCAAUCAUCCAAUGAUGUACUGUGAAACUUAUUUCAUUAAAUUAAUAUUGAUGAAAGUAGGCUUUUCUAGUUGUAUGGUUGCCAAAAUCUCUACAUAGGAAGAAAUAAAUAGAUGGGAGUAAAUGUCAAUAGAAAAAUUCAAGAGACAAUCUACAUUGUCAGAAAAGGGAUUUUUCAUGUGUAAAAAGGGGUAAUACCUACCUCACAAGGUUGUUGCGAGGAUUGAAUGAGGAUAUGUAUUUGUACGGUAUCUGACACAUACUAUGUGCUCAAUAAAUGUUGAUUUCUUUACUCUCCCCC